CUUAAACUCGUUGGUCCAGAUGGGGGUUAGGGGUGACGCAAUAUUUCAAGGCAUCGUUUACAGCCACAAACUAAUAAGCUGCGAAAUACACCUCAUGAAACAAUAGUCCUUACAUAACAUAACUGCCUACAGAACUCCCACGUCAUUUGGGAAAAUCGAGGGUAACUAUGACUUUUUUUUUUUUUUUAAACAUCGUUCAGUCUAAUGGUAUUUAUAAUAACCUACUAAAUCUGUAACCCAGGCUCCCCCCCCCUUUAUUUCCACACGAAGAGCUUGCCUCACUGAGACACGGCCUCCUUAAUUCUCCGCCGAUGACAUUCUCUGGCCGCCGUUCAAACCGUUUUGAGAACGGACAGAGAGGCAGAGGGUGUGCGCGCGCGCCGCGUUCCCCUCCGCCGGCUCUGGCGAAUCCGGUCCGGCCACGCCCCUUCACUCCUUUUAAGGUGUGACGACGGCUGAUGACGUAAAGCGUGAGGUGUGUGCGUUGGAAAAUGAACAUCAGUGAAUGAAAAAAGCGCCCUGGAAGUCACUCAUUGCCCACAGAAACGGUGCCGGUUAUGUAACCCGAUUGCAUGUGUAUGGCAGGCAAGGAAGGCAAAAAACGCGCUCGGUGUGUCUCGUCGCUGGAGAUUCCUAGCAACUUUUCUGUUGAAGUCGGGUUCUCAUUGCUGCCUCUGAUUAGGUUCUUCUGUUUCCAUCAUUAGCAUUAGAUGUUUCAUCUGGAAGACAAGAGUCAAGAUAAACAGUAUCUUGAUGGUAAGCUAGUUUUUGGCCUUUAAGGACUAGCUUGCUGUAAGAACAUAACUGCAGCAUCGAUUGGCUGCCAGUCAACACCAGCUCCUAGCCAUCAGAGAUUUGAGAGUAGUGUCUAACCACUAGCCUUAGGUGGUUAGCGUGUGGUGUCCAUUAGGAUUUCUGUGGGUGUUUCGAGUGUAGAAGACACGAAUGGGACACUCUAGCCUUUCCAGACGGCCUGAAUGGGAGAAGGAGUGAGCAUGGACAACCUUUUGGAGUUUGGAGGCCUUUGUCCGUCCACCCGGAGGGAAUGGGACACAGGCAGCUGUGUGGAUGAUUUAAUGGAUGAAGAUGAGAAAGACAGAGCAAAAAGGGCGUCCCGUAAUAAAUCAGAGAAGAAGAGAAGAGACCAGUUCAAUGUUCUCAUUAAAGAGCUGUGUACGAUGCUGCAGGGUCAAGGUCACCCCCGCAAGAUGGACAAAUCCACCAUCCUGCAGAGAACCAUUGACUUCCUGCAGAAACAGAAAGAGAUCACGGCGCAAACAGAAUCCUGUGAGAUCCGGCAGGACUGGAAGCCUUCUUUCCUCAGCAACGAGGAAUUCACCCAGUUAAUGCUGGAGGCAUUAGAUGGUUUCCUAAUAGCUCUUACCACAGAUGGGAACAUCAUAUAUGUAUCUGACAGCGUCUCGUCUCUCAUUGGUCAUCUGCCGUCAGAUAUGGUGGACCAGAACAUUUUGAACUUCCUGCCAGAACGAGAACAUGGAGAGGUGUAUAAACUUCUGUCAUCACACAUGCUCUUGACCGAGCCUUCUGCUGUGGACCUACUCAACAGCAAUGAGACGCAUGUCGAGUUCUGCUGUCAUUUAGCAAGGGGGAACAUUGACCCGAAAGAACCGCCCACGUACGAACAUGUCAAAUUUGUUGGAGAUUUCAAGUUUCAUAAUAACGUGCCUCUGUCCUCAUGUAACGGUUAUGAGCUGGCGUUCCCACGCACGCUGCAGUCCUCACUAGAGGAGCAGAUCUGUCUCGUGGCCACAGUGAGACUCGUGACCCCUCAGUUCCUAAAGGAUCUGUGCAACGUGGAGGAUGUGUGUGAUGAAUUCACAUCAAGACACAGCCUGGAAUGGAAAUUUCUCUUCUUAGAUCAUAGGGCCUCUCCUAUUAUUGGGUACCUGCCGUUUGAGGUUUUAGGAACCUCGGGUUACGAUUACUACCAUGUGGAUGACCUGGAGCUGAUUGCUCAGUGUCAUAAACAAUUGAUGCAGUGUGGGAAAGGAAAAUCCUGUUACUAUCGGUUUCUGACUAAAGGGCAGCAGUGGAUCUGGCUACAGACACACUAUUACAUCACAUACCACCAGUGGAACUCCAAACCAGAGUUCAUCGUCUGUACACACAGUGUGGUCAGCUAUGCUGAAGUCCGAGCAGAAAGAAGGAGAGAGAUUGGAUUGGAGGAAAGUUCAUCUGAUAUGGCAACAUCCUCAAUCAAGGGGCAGGAGGUGUUUUUGGACAUGUGUCCUCCUUUGGAAGCUACACGGGAAAGAAUCAGCAGUGCUCGAUCAGUGUCAUCACAAAGUUCUAGAAAAUCAUCACACACAGCACUGUCUGACUCUGCGUCGAACUCAUCGGUGAGGUACACAGAAGCAUGCACGUCGUCACGGCAGUCUGCUUCCAUUGGUCCUGAGAAGAGUUCCAGCAGAAUGCCACAAAGUGGAUCAAAGACCCUGAUUCAGAGGCAGAGCUCCUCUGAGCCCACAUCACUCUCCCCCUCCUGCAGUCAGCAUUCCACUAUGACACAAUCUCUGUACGGAUUCCAGCAGCCUCAGUUAGGCGUUAUGCACCAGCUGAAAGAGCAGCUAGAAGAGCGGACACGCAUCCUACAGGCCGACAUCAAAACACAACAACAAGAGCUGCACGACAUUAAAGAGAAACUACAACUUGCUAAUCUACAGAUGUUACUCCAGCAGCCGAUACAGGGAGAGUUUGCCAGUUCUGGUCUGCAGCAGCAGGGUCCGGGCAGGCCAUCUCAACACAGCACCCAGCCCAAACCCCAACACUGUGUUUCACAUUCAUCACACACACUACUCAGAGAACAGCCCAGUAGCUCAUCUGCUCAGGGCCAGCAGAGACUGGUUCAGACUGGACACAUGCAGGCCAUUAGUGUUCCAAUGCAGACACACACCAGUCUCACCACACCCUUCUAUAGCAACCCAAUGAUGUUCUCACCCAACCACGGACACCGAACCCAACAUGACACACACUGCCAAAGACACACACACACCGACUACAGCCAGGACGGACAGCUACGGAUGCUACUAAACCAACCAAUGCAGACGCUUGUACCAGACAGCAAUGGGGGGGCCCAGUCUUCCCAAUGCAGCUCAACUAUUCAACAAACCAAAUAUCCUCUGGACCAGCAGAUGAUGGCUCCUUCCUUCCCUGUGCAGCAGGUGAACUGUAACGCUGUGCUUGUCCCUUCCCCCGUCUUCACCUCACCAAUCAUGAUCCCCCAUAAUAGUUUCAUCACCCAUCAGGCCACGCCCACCUACACGCCUCACCCGUCGGCUGCCCCACACAGCAUACCACUACAACAACCUCAGCAGUUCUUUCAGAUGCAGCCUCAGGGUCUGAUUCACAGUGCUCCCACUCAGGCCUUAUUCCACACCCCUAGUGUUCCACAGCAAAGCACUGUGGGAUACGUACAGCCACAACAACAGCAGCAGCAGCAGCAUCAUCAUCACUCACAGUCCGGCAACCUGUCGGACUACAGAAACAUGCUCCCACGGUAGCCCCGCCACCUGGGAAAAGCCAAGAGGUUGCCGGGAAAGCGCGUUGAGCGUUUAGCUCUGAAAGGCAUGAUGGGAAGGGACUCUCUCGGCUCAGGGGAAGGCUCGUUCCCGAGCCAAACCAAAAUCGAGAAAGCCAAAGUCCCUCAAAGUUCCCAUGACAGCAAAUGAUGGUGAUAACGCCACAAGGCCCAAGGACUCUGCCUGGCCUGGACUGGACUGCACGCAGAGGAUGCUGGGAUACGCAGGAGGAGCCUGCAGGCACGUGACCCAUCAUGGAGACAGGGGUCACAGAGCAGUCGAGCAGGCGCUUUGAUCGAUACGUAAAGGACAGAAAGCCGUGGAGGGUUUUUGGUACUGUAAUGUUACAGUUAUCUGGACUUUUCAACACACAAACUUACACAAAUAAGACAAAAUCAACAAAUCAAGUAAUGCCUUGACAGAGCGUAAACGCUGCUGCGUGUGUUCUGUCCUCAACCGCUACUAAAAUACUAACUAAAAGAGAAAUCACCCCACCAACAAGAAGAAAAAUGCACGGUAAUGAACUGAAUUCACGCAUAAUAUUUCAUGUGUGUGUGCUGAUGCUAGGAGCUGGGCAUAAUUCAGCGAAGACCCAAAUAUAUUUCAAAAACAUUUGGCUUCCUGUUAGCAUGUGCAGAGCAGGUUCGGCCCCCUCCUGUAGUUAUGUUAACGCUAACAUAAAGAAACUUGAAUCACGUUGUAUAUUUCAAAUAUUUAAGAACAAUUUCGCACUAGGGCAAACUUUCCUAUUGAUGAGUUCAACUCGAUCCCUGUUACUCUUUGUUUCUCGAUCCACUGUACUGUACGUAGAGUUUCUCCACAUAUUGAGUUCCGGAACAUCGUAUUUCAGUCAUUUUAUUUCAUAUUAAGGUUCUAAACAUAGCUCUUCAGGAGAAGCAUGUUGGCUUCCCUGAUCAAACAGUUCUUUGAGUUUUCAGACGUGCAUGUGGCCUGCCUGUCCACACAUAAAUCUACAUUGAUUUUGAUGUCAAUAUGAGCACGACAGAUGUGCUUUAAUAUUUAGUUUCAGUAUUACACAGGGAUGAAGCUCUGUCUAAUUCAUGCUUCGUAGUAGAGGGACUUAGUGAUUGUUUUAUGGUGGUGGGCGCAAGUGCUGCAGCAGUUAAACUGCAAAAAUGAAGAUGUAAAAUAAGACAGUAAUGCAGGUUGAAUGAUUGAAGACAAUCAUAAUGUCAGGGCUGCAGAAAUGGAAAUGUUCUCAUCUGCCUGUCACUUGGGCAAAGUGUUUGACAAAUACAACUCAAAUAUUAAAAAUACUUAUUUUAUUUUUUCCCCAUUACUAUUAUUAUUUAAAAAAAAAAAAAUGUAUGUAUUAUUUUUAGGGAGUUGAUGUAUAGACACGGAAGUGUCAGGCGAAAGGCAAAAAUGUUUAGAUGUUCUGGAAUGUUGUGAAAACUAACAGACACACAAAUAGGUAAAAAACUAAAUCUGACAAUCGGAAAAUCAUUUACAUUUUUUUUUUUUCUUUGCUGGGACUUCAAGCUUGCACUUUCCUCCAUCCUGUCACGCAUAGCACAUUUAAAGGCUGGUGCUGAUUUUUUUUAUUUUAUUUUUUUAAACUAAGAGAAUUCUGUUCAAGACGGUCUAAGAUCAUGUGCCCUUCUGUAUGUUGUGCAAUGCAAAUUGAAAAACAAGAAUGUGUGUAAUUUAUACUUAUUGAAGAGAUUUCUGUUUUUCGUCAGGUAUUUUUUUUCUUGUAUUAGCAAGAAACGCUUGAUAUUAGUAAAAGCCAGUGUGCUGUCUGAAUGAAAACCGAAAGUAUUUUUGUACGAAAAUUUCCUCGACAUUCCUUCAGCCAUGUGUAGAAAGUGUGAAACUCCCCGACUCUCUCAGGUGUGACAUCUCCACGCAGGUGUCUAGCUUGUUAAUAUUUAGAUCAAAUAAGAUGUUUCAGAUACUAAGAACUACACUCAAAGGAAGCACUCCAGAGAUUUUUACAUUUACAAACCUUAUAAUAUCAAAUCCCCCAUUCCCACAAACUCAUUUAGGUCCCAAACCUGCCCACCUGAACCACUUCUAAAUGUUUUGAAAGGUUUCACAUCUCAGCGUUUCGUUCUGCCUCCCUGGAGUCUCAACACGAGGAAGAUUGUAUCUGUGCCUCCCAUUUAUCACCUUCUGCUGCUCUGAGAUUAUCUUUGAGUCUCACAAAUGCUCUUUGUCUCUCUAGACAUGAGAGAAACUUCAUUUUGAGUCAGAUUUAACUGUAAAUUUUAGGUUGCUCAACCUACGAAUUCAUCCCAAUACGGUAGAUGUGUUUUCUAACACAAACCAGAAGGAGGAGCUAUAAAACAUUCAUUUUAAAAUGUAGGACAAAUAAAUCCAAAGGUUAUGACUUAUGCCAGUUGCCACUGUGAUGGCCAUAUAGAGUGUACAUUGUCCCCCGAACAAAAUGGGCUGUUUCAUCCUUCAUUUAUUGCCCAUUUGCGGUGUUUUCAUGAAAUAUUUUGCCAGCCAGGCUCGAACAUUAAGACUCAAAUGUUUCUUGAGAUAACAGUUUGAUUGUUUUGCAGAUGUGUUUGUGUUCAUUGAUUGGGUUGUGAGUGGUAGAAGAAAACUGUACUGACUCUCUCAUCUUUGUUCUCUUUAUCUGUGAAACUAUGCUCUGGUUGUGGAAACUGCACUUUAUUCUUUUUCCCUUCUUCAUGUCUUUUGCUUUGUGCUCUCUCUCUCUCUCUCUCUCUCUCUCUCUCUCUGGCCUGAAUUUCUCCCCAAAAGUGUCUGUUCUGAUGAGGUUUUAGGCCUCGUGGAUUCGUGAGUGUGUGUUAUCUGUGUGUUGUGAGUGUAUGUGUUAUAUGUGUUGCCUGAACAGGUGACAUCAGGUGACAUUGUCAAUGCAUUUAUAUUCUACCAGGUAAGGGGAAGAGACGGAAAAUGACACCUGGUAUAAACAGCCAUCUCUGCUGAUACUCUGCAGAAAAUACAUGGAAGAUAUUGUAAUAUAAGAUACACAAAAAAAUGUCUAGGAAAAUAUAGUUGUUUAUUUUAUAAGAUGUCAAAUAGAUUGAAAUAAAUUUAUAUACAGUGUAUGAUCUGAAAGUAAAAACAGAGGUAUUUUGUAACAGAUUAAUUAUUGAAGUGUCUUACUUUGGGGGGACGUAAAGCUUUCUGUUUGUCAGUUCAGCGAGUUGAUGUUGCACACUUAAUGUAUGGCUUGUUUUUCCCCCUUUUAUUCUUCUGUGUACAUAUACCAUCACAACAAGCUUUAACAUAUUGUUAAUAUUGUUUUAAAAGAAAUUAAUAAUAAAAAAAGUUUACAUUCUGAAA